CAAAGGUCGUAGCCUGGGUUAGCCCCAUAAGUUCAGUAGUGUCUGUAACACCGCCUCAGACAAACCUUUGGAAAUUUACAGGAUGGCGAAUCCCAAGUCGAGCAGCGGUAAUAAGUCAAAGGGCAAAGGUCAUCACAACCGGCAGCAGCAGUCGCAACCGCAACAGCAGCAAGUGGACUCUUCGCAGCAAUCGCAGUUGACACCAUCACCUGUGGCCGCCUCUGGAUUGGACCCGCCCACCGCCACGCCCAUGGUCUCGCGUCCUUCGGAGGACACUUUGGCCUUGGCGGCUGCCGUCGCCGCCUCGAUCCCAGCCGCCCCCCUUGCUCGACCCGUUCCCGAUCGCCGCCCCUCCACGCCGGCGGUGGUGACCCCGACCGACAACAGCUCGGCCCUGGAGACCCCCGAAAAUCUGGCCACAUCGCGAACAGCGUCAGCGGCAGCUGCUCCCUCGGAAAAUAGACGCGGCAUCUUUCAUCGUCUCUUCGGCUGGAACUCGUGAUGGAUAACCCUUCUAGAUGAAUCAAAAUCCUAAAAAAAAAUAAAAACCAAAACCACCCAAUAUGAUCUAAAUUUAACUGUACAAAAUUUUUAUUUAACCGAUAAAUAAAAAACAUGGAAUAAAGCCUUGCAGCUAUAAAACAA